AGUUUGCCGUGUAAACAUUGGACACAAGUGAAACUCUGUUCCUGUUUAAGCGAUUCAAAUAACUCGCAAAGAUGUAUACUUUGCUAAGCGGCUUUUACAAAUACCUCACACAGAAAGAUGAAUACUGCAUACUUAUUCUUGGCCUAGAUAAUGCUGGAAAAACGACCUAUCUGGAGGCGGCGAAAACAAAACUUACAAAAAACUACAGAGGAAUGAAUCCGACAAAAAUAACCACCACAGUUGGAUUGAAUAUAGGCCAAAUAGACAUUGCGGGCAUACGGUUAAGCUUCUGGGAUCUGGGCGGCCAACAAGAACUGCAGUCGCUUUGGGAUAAAUACUACUCGGAAUCACAUGCCGUUAUCUACGUGGUUGAUUCGAAUGAUCGCACUCGUAUGAAUGAAUCGAAAGAUGUAUUCGACCGUAUGAUCAGCAACGAGUAUCUGUCCGGCAUUCCUUUGUUGGUUCUGGCAAACAAACAGGAUUUGCCGGAUUGCAUGGGAGUGCGUGAAAUAAAACCUGUCUUCCAGGAAGCAGGGCAUCUUAUUGGACGACGUGACUGCCUGGUCAUGCCCGUAUCCGCACUAACGGGGGAAGGCGUGGACGAAGGUAUCAAAUGGUUGGUCGAGUCUAUUAAGCGUAACUCUAUCGUGCGGCCACCGAAGACGGAAGAUACCUGAUUGGGGUCUCUAAUGUGCAUAAGGAAGCUUUAUGUUUGUGUUAAUAGUUGUGAUAUGCACUCAAUAAUGGAGUUUAUUAUAACAUAUGUAUUAUUAAGAGAAAAUAUCUGUUCUAUCAUCAGCUCUUGACGAUUUUCCACACCCCGAAAUAUAAAUAAACCCAGGAUGAGCAUCUAUUUCAUAUCAAAGAUUAGUUUCGGUUUGUUU